UGGGAAGCAGGGGACUGGGAUAAAAUCAAAGGAAUAUGCUGCUGGAAAGCUUUUGGAGGAAAAUCCUACAGCAAUGCGAGAGGCUACUGCCAAGUCUCCAAGACAGAUUAAUGAAGCAAUAACAACUGUGCAAGGGAAUGGUCAAAAGCCUUGGAAUUCUCUCUUUAAGGAUAAUAGGGCUCCAUCAAAUGGCAUUAAAUUGAGGUUCAAAUGCAUAGAUUUUGACGGAAAUGGGAUUCUGACAAAGAAUGAAAUGCAAUUCUUUUAUGAGGAACAUCUGCACCGAAUGGAAUGCAUGGCUCAAGAAC